AUGGCAUUGGCACAGGAUUGGUUGAUAAACUUUCAAAAGUCAGACAAUGCAUGGCAGAUAGCGCCUCAACUGUUACAGUCACCAACGGUUGAGAUACAAUACUUUGGCGCAUCGACGAUAGAGGCAAAGAUAAAGAGCGAUUGGUCUAAUAUGUCACAGGAGAUGCGAUUGCAUCUGCUCGAGCAGCUGCUGGCCAUCCUUCGGAACGACUUUGAGAAGCUGCCCAAGAUGGUGGUGACACGUCUGUGUCUGGCCGUCUGCGCCAUCUCGUGUCUGUCGACGCCGGAGCUGUGGCAGUCGCCCAUCCCCGAUAUCAUGUCGCUGUCGUUCCCCGACGUCAAUGACACGAGUCGCUUCGACCCCAGUCGAGCCAACCUGCUGCUCGAGCUGCUCACCCUAUUCCCUCACGAGCUACUCUUUUGCGACUUUAUCACGAAUGAGAAGCGCAACAUGGUCGGCUACGAGUUCAGCAAGUACAUCGAGAAUGUCAUUCAAAUCCUCUCCUACAUCAUGUCUCUUCCCACCUCUCCCGCGACCUCACAGCUCAUGAAGAACGCGCUCAAAUGUCUCAGAAGUUGGGUACUCUUUGAUACACCUGCAAAAUAUAUACUCCUUGGAUCAUUGUUAAACAAUUGCUUCACAUCGGUCAGCAGAGACCCUCAGUUGGUGGAGGACUUCAUAUUGGUGUUGGAUGAGAUCUUCACGUUUAUGGGCGGCAAACACUUUAAGCAGUAUCCCAACUCAUUCGAAUCGGUCGUUGGCAAGAUAUUGGACACGCUGCCCAACUACUUUGUGCUGGCACACCAGGAGGACAAUCAGAAGAUCUACGGAUCGAUAUUCCUCCUAUUCACUCAUAUCCCCGAGAAUCAUGCAAGAUUGUUAUUGUCGAGCGCUUACAAUGAGCAGUACAUGAAGGUUCUCAUCAACAUUGCCAAUCAGAUCAGUGUGGAGCUGUGCGAUCUUGUCGAACCAGUCAUCAGCGAAGUGCACACACUACAUGAACGUGAGGUCGACAUCUCACGCUGGCAUCCCUUCCUCUUUGAUGCAAUCAAGUUGCUACACAGCAAGUGCAUGUUUCCAGACAAUGACAAUGAUGAAAGUGUGGAGAUGGACAAGUUCUACAGCUUUAGAUCAAUAGCUGGCGACUCUUUAUUGAAUAUAUAUAGUAUACUGGAGAGGCAAACACUCCAGUUCCUGCUGUCUGCUCUUUGGGAAGACAUAAACAACCUUCCAAACAGCACGUGGCAGUCGAUAGAGGCCACCGUCUACCUGAUCGGAUGUCUGUCCGAGGGCAUUGCAGAGGACAUUUCAUUCAUUCCCCAGUUGUUCCAAGUGAUUGGUUCGCUACCAAUUCAAUCCACACCGCUGAUAAAGUCCACGAUUGUACUGGCGGGUAAGUACGCCAACAUGCUCGAGAAGAGUACAGAGUUCCUGGUCAAGCUCGUCAGCGACUUUAUACCUGCACUGUCCAAUCCAGAGUUGGCCAGUGUCACAGCCGACUCAAUCCUAUCCAUUGCCAGGAACAAGAAGUGCGCCAAGCUUCUCACGUCCAACAUACGCGACAUGAUCAUUAGAUGUGAGCCAAUAUUCAUUAGUAACGAUAGCGAAACAUCAAGAAAGAUAAUAGAGGCAUUGUUGGAGAUUAUUGCCAGACUACCAAUGAAUGAAGACACUGGUAAUCAACCAAACGAUAUAACAACUACAUCAACAACAAACAAUGCGUCACCUAAUAUUACAACAUCAGCUACUACAACACAUAACAACAACAAAGAUCACAGUAUACUCAUCAACUCAAUCAAUAUAUUAUCCAAACUAUUCAAGAUAUUCGAGACUGAUGAUAAAGAGGAAGAUGAGGAAGAUGAGAAUGAAAUACCGACAAACAACAACUUCAAGAACAACAACAACAACAAUAAUAACAAUAACAACAACAACAACAACAAUAUUCAGUCAACGAUACUAUCGAUUGCACUCAAUGUAUUGCCAGUGACUGGAAACCUGUUGCAAUCAUACUCCCGCGAUGCCGACAUCAUUGAGUCAAUCUGUCACCUCUACAAGGAGAUAAUAAUGAGUUGCACAGAGGAUGUUGGCAAAUACAUCUCGACAAUAUUCGAGCAAUUAGCCAGUGUAUAUGAAGUUAUGCCACUGGCCCCUUUGCUUAAUACGAUGUCUGUGGGCAUCCCUUGGCUGCGGUCCGACAGUUCAUACGAUUUUCUCAAGCAGUCGAUCACCAUGGUCACAGCGGCAACAUUUGAGUUGUGGAAGAAAGGCAACGCUGAUCGCGUCGGCUUCCUCCACACGCCCACACAGUACAACCUAUCAAUCCAACCGCUCAUCACCAAGGAGUACUUCUCCCUGCUGCAACAAUGCAUCAAGUAUACAGUGCGCUCAUUCCCCGCCAACUUUGUCGCGCCAAUCUUCCAGGUAACGCUGGAGAACCUAUUGAACAUACAAGACAAAGCCACGGCAAUCCCCGCCUUCACAUUCGUAUCCACUUUGUUAUCGAUCGAACAAAAGAAACAUUCACCAGAGUACCAACUGUUCAAGGCAGAGUUGGAUGUUUUGUUGGCACAACAUGGCGAGUACUUGAUCAAUCAGGUGUUGUACGCGAUUGGCGGUGGAUCACCACGUAGCUUGUCACAAUACCUUGGUCUGAUCGUCACAGCACUCGUCACUUACUAUCCAAACACAUUCCGACCGAUUGCCAUGCGUCUUCUCUCUGUUGAGGGUUUCCCAACAUCGCACAUCACCGCCAAACAGAAGGAGAAGUUCCUUGCCAACUUGAUGAGACUCAAGAUCAAGAAGGCUAUCUAUGACUUCUCUGUCAUAUGUCUUGGACUCUCGGAGAAGGGACUAGAGAUAUGA